UUCCGAUUGAUUUUGUAGAGAAAUAUAUAUAAAGGAUGAUGAAGAAAUCGAGAGUAUCAUGGGCAUCAGAUAGUAUGCUUUGUCAGGUUAAGUUGUUUCUCACUGAUGACUGUCCCGCAAAAGUUGCAUCAAGUGUACCAAACGCAUCGAAUCUUCCACCUGGAUUUGAAGCUACUGAGUAUGCAACGAGGCGAAUCCUCUCACACAUUCCUCGGAUCAAAUGGAAACACCCACCAAAGUUUGUCCUCAAUGAUGCUUUGCUUGUCGGGAGUGGUGGAGAGAGCACCGAGACUCGUACUGAGAAUCUCAGGAUUUCUAAAGUCUUGGAAGCUUUCUAUCCGCAUCGCUCUGUCAUCCCUACUCGUCCUUCAGUCUCACCGGCUGUAGAAGAAGCACACUAUGACGACGGCAAAACUCCUAAUAUCCGUCUCACUCCCGUUGAAGAUGAACGUGAGGCUGCUGCAGAAUCUUCCCACAGUUUCGAAGCUCCUGCAGCUGUUUCUGGACUUGGACCAGAGUUAAGUCUUCUUGCUUCUGCAGCUUUGUCUGCGUUAACCAAGGAACAGGGGUGUCAGGUAGAUGCUGAUUUACUUGUCAAGUUACUCAGUGACCCCAAAAUCGUAGAGAGCUUGAUCAAUGACAUGAAAGGUAAACCACUUGAAACUGCAAAUAACAGUCUAAACACAGACACCAAACCUAGACUUGCUCCUCAACAUGUCACCUCCACAGCAAUGGACAGAAACCCACCUCCCAUGCCUGGAAAUGGUGUGCCACUUAAUGUACCUUUUUCGGGUCAGUCCAGUGCUACAGAUCCUCCACUCCCCAAACCCACUCAGCCCAUGUCAAGUGCCCUAUCAAUGAACCUUAACCUCCAGAAACCCACCCUGGUUGUCCACAGCUAUCCAUUGUCUUCUGGGAUCAAACCAUUGCCAAUAUUUGAGGAUUCUUACACAGCUGCUGCUCCCUUGAAACCAAGCCCAGUUGAUGAUGUUGUAGUCUCGGAACAAAAGACCCAAUCCCUUAACAUGCCCAGCACUUGGAAUAUGAAUAGGGUACCAGAAUCAGCGAGAACUGAAACAGAUGCUCAAAUCCGUAAUGGUAACACAAACCAGGAUGGUCAGGUUUCUGCAAAACCCGUGAAAAAUCUAGACUACUUCAAGAGCCUCAUUAGGGAACAUGGGGCAGUCAAACCGGCAACAAAUGAAACUAACAAUUACAAAGGAAGAGUUGAUGAUAAGAAAGUCAUAAAGGUUAAGUUUCAGAAACCGUGCAUGUAUUUUAACAGAGCCAAAGGGUGUAGGCUCGGCGAGAGUUGCUUGUAUCUUCACGACCGCUCUAAAAGGUUGUGGACUGAUGUUGCACCUCCUCACUUUCCCAGAGCUAAGAGACUCAAGUUUGGAUCGUAACAGAGCAACUAUAAGACUCAAAAUUUAACCACAAGCAUGUCUGAAAUAUUGGUAAAUAGCUUCAUCCAAAUUCUGAUAAGUUGUUUAACAAGUUUCGCAAAGUUAGUCAUCCAUGUUUUUUUUGGGUUCACCCAUUGCCGUUACAUUUCUUUUGGCCAUCUACCUACAAGGUUAACCAUUAAAUUAGUUAAUGAUAU